UCCCGGGAUCAGCACGAGGCGAAGAAUUAUGGAGGCCACAGCCAACACAGCGGCGGCGAUUCAGGCGGCCCCGCCCGCUCUGGAAUAUCUGGACCGAGAGCAGAUUAAAAAGGCGGUAGAAGUUCUGUUUGCACACUCCAAGUCAAGGAAAAAAAAUAACUUACUUUUGAAUGGGAAUGAGAAUUUAUUUUUGAUGGUGAUAUUAUGGAAAAUUCCAGCGAAAGAACUUCGUGUCCGAGUGUCUUUGCCUCAUAGUAUCCUAUCAGAUUCAUCAGAAGUCUGUUUGUUUACCAAAGAUGACUGUGAGUCACCUGAACAAACAGAAUGUUUCUAUAAAAAGCAUUUGAAAAAGCAUGGCGUUAACAACAUCUCUCGGAUUAUUCCUUUUAAAACUUUAAAAACAGAAUAUAAAGCCUAUGAAGCCAAGCUCCGCCUCCUGGGUAGUUUUGACAUCUUUAUUACGGAUGAAAGAAUUCGAAGGCGUUUGCCCACGCACAUAGGAAGGCAUUUCUAUCAGAGGAAGAAAGUUCCAGUACCUGUGAACCUUCUGGCCAAGAAUCUGUCCAAAGAGAUUGACCGAUGUAUCACAGGGACCGUCUUAAACAUCUCUAAGCAUGGUUCUUGCAGUACUGUGCGUAUUGGUCACAUUGGAAUGGAGACUGAGCACAUCGUUGAAAAUAUCCUGGCUGUUUCAGAAGUACUUUCAGAGAAAUUGCCCCAGAAAUGGCAAAGUGUGAAGCUCUUGUUCCUGAAAACUGACAAGUCCGUUUCCCUUCCCAUCUUUUCCUCAUUUGUCACAUGUCAGGAUGAAAACACCUUAUCCUUCCGUAGCAUGAGGAGAAAGGAACUAAAGAAAAAAAUGAAGCAUGAAAAAGAAAAGUUGAAGAAGAAAAGCAAAAUGUUAAGGAAAAUGUCCAAGAAGGAUGCGUCCCUUCUAACUCAAGGUGAUGAUUUAGCAUGUGAAACCAACAGUACUCCAGUGAAGACCCCAAGGUCCCAGAAGAAAAAGACCAGCAAAGAAAAAGCACAACCUAAAGGGACAGACGAGUGUGAAGAAACAAUUCCACAACUAGUACCAAUAGGAGAAAUACCAAAUAAAGAAAACAUGAAGAUGCAAGAAAAUGUCACAGGGAAAAAAUCUCCAAAAAAGAGGCCUGAUCCAAAUAAACUUCGGGGCAAAAAAAGGAAGGCCCUACCAGCUACAGAGACCCCAGGAGCAGAGCCUGAGACCUCAGGGAAGAAACAAAAAAAAGAUGUUCGGGAAAUCAGAAAGCCCGGAGCCAAGUUCUUUUCUCCCAGGAAAGCUUCCAACACACCCAAAGACAAAAAACCCCAAGUGGGCCAUUAGACUAUAAUCAGGUUCCUCAGCCUGAAGGAACUAUCAGAGCUAAACCUAAGAGCUUUUCAAGAAUGCUUAGGCAGGGUAUGGUUGCACGUACUGUGGGACAUAGAUAGGCAGGUUUGUAUGGAUUUGAGGCCAGCCUGGUUGUCUACCUGGUAGUUUAGGCCAGCAAGACUACAUAGUGAAAUGUCUCAGCAGACAGACAAACUUGGCCAAGAUUGGUUGUGUGCACACUUGCAUUCCUAACACCCAAGAAGCCAUGAGGGAAGUCUGGAGUUCAGCAAGAAUCUGUCCUCAAAGGAAGAACUUCAGUCCUGGGCUUGGUAUGACACUUUACUAGCAUAAGCAAGGUCCUGGGUUCAGAGCCCAGAACUUUGAAAAAUACCACACACCUGCACAUAGCAAAAGGUACCCUAUUGAAGACCUUUUUGUUUGUUUUUGUUUUCCCAAACAGGGUUUCUUUGUUGUAGCUUUGGAAGCUGUUCUAGAACUUGGUAGACCAGGCUGGCCUCAGAUAUCCAACUGCCUCUGCUUCCAGAGUGCUGGGUUUAAAGGUGUGUGUCACCGCCAUGACCCAGCAUAAUUGCAGCCCUUUUCAGUGAGUCCUAUAAUGUUUUUGUAAAGUUCCCAAGGGUGGUUCUGAAUUAAUGUUCCUAUUUGUAAAAACUAGUGGUUUGAGGCCAAAAAAAAUGUUAUUGUUCAGUGUAUUUGCUGAUAAGAGUGCUUUGUAUGUUUGUGGUUUUUAAAAUUA